AUGCCCUUGAUCAUGGAAGACGGUAUCAAUGUGGAUGAUCUCUUUGGAGAACCCAACUCCCUGGAGCUGGGCUUGCCGGCCCCCUCCCCAAUCAAAGGUUUAGCGCAAUGCCUAGAUGAAAUGCGUCUAUUAGGGUGCUGCCAGAAAGUUGCCUGGUCUCGGAUAGGAUGUAUUGCAUCUAUUGCCCCAGACGGACUCCGGGUCAUUAUCCGUCAUCUCCAGUGCCGUCCAUCAGAUGGUAAAUGGUUGCUUGGGGAAGAGACACCUAUAGCCCCAGUCUCGGAGACCCAUAAUGGCAAUCAAUUGGCCCAUUUAUCAUGGAAUGAGGCCGGUUCAGAACUGGCCGUUGUUGACUAUUCUGGUCGCAUAUCAAUCUAUUCCAUUUCUAUUGCAUUGAACAGUAUCACAAGCUUGCGCCAGGCCUCAUUUGACUCCGGCGACGAUGGCAGCCAGGUUGUUGGAAUGAUGUGGCUGAACUCCCAGCGUUAUGUGCAUGCAUUUCAUCAAGCAGCUAAGGUGAAUGGUCGAUGGGCAUACUCGCCUUUCCGUCGACGCCCCAUCGGGCCAUUCCACCCAGCCAACAAAGCCGCAUUGAUAUGUGUGACCAGAGCCGGCCAGAUAAAGCUGAUAUAUCAAAACCCUGACAGCAAAUGGGCUGAGCUGCCAACUGAACUGAAGAACACAGGAUACUCGGACAGACUAUUAACGCAUGCAUCCAUGACCGCAACACAAGCUGGGAUCCUUCUCUCCACCUACUCCGCAUGCCAGAAGAUGUGUCUUUAUAGAGUGCACAUUACCUGGAACCCACCACAAUGGGAGGCAGUACAGGGAAAACCGCCUGGCCAAUUUCCUAUUCCCAGCUUCCGUUUAAUCCACUGUAAGGUCGACAUGCCCAGCAAUAUAUUGAACAUCAACCGUGGGCCGGACCACUCCGAUCAGUCUUUGCCGUUUUUGAACUCGGUAUACUCGUUGACACGAUUAGAGAUCAUGCCGGGGCAGUUUGAUAGCCCCGCGGGGUCCACUGCCAAUCCUUGGAUUCUGGCUGUCUUAUCGAAGCCCCUCCAUGCCAUACAUGACUAUCCAGACCAGCAAGGUCCGCCGAGCGUGAUAGUCAGGUGGCAUUUGGAAUCUGCACCGCAGACCCUUCAUCCUAAGUUUGACGAGGUGACGUCAAAAAAAAGCAACACUCAAGCAAAGCCAAAAAUGGAACUACGCAGGAUGGAGGACAUUUAUUGCGAGAAAUAUAUUGUCUCGGUCGAUCUAAUAGAGCAUGGAACAGUUUUGGCUGUCAGUCAUGACGACAGCUCAAUAACAUGCUACGACACACGGACAAUGACUGUUUUGAACGGUCUUGACGAUUCAAACACAGUGGCUUGUCUGGCCCAGGCCGGGUUCCAUUUCCAACUCGAAAGAUCAGGCCUUCACAUUGCUUUCUCUCCUAACGCUUGCCUUGCCGUUACGCUGGACAGUGACGGACAUAUGCAAUUGAGGGUGAUGGAGCAUUCGUUUGGAUCCACAGAUGGUAUCUAUGACGAGAACAAUUUUUCUGUGGCCAUUGCGGCAUUGACUUUGGCAUUCAGUCGAGGCUGUGGAGUUGAUAUCAAUACAGACGACAUCCUCAUACUUGCUCUCAGGCAGCUAUCACCAGAGGCUCAAACCACAUUCAUCAGCGAGGUGUAUCGUGCACUGCCGAUUAAUUGCAAUUUCACAGCCGAACAGGACAAACUCAUGAGCCACCCGUACAUACCCCGUUGUCUCAGCUUACAGGCCGGAUUGGGCUUCAAAGGGAGACUCAAGCGCCGGAACCUCUCAUCGACCGUGCCGUGGGCAAGCCUCCAACUCAGACAUGCCUCGGUUCUAUUUGCAUACUUCUUCCAGUAUAAUAAAGUGGGACCGACCGAAUCGCAUGAUCCAUAUGUUCUACGCAUGGUAUUGGGUAACGCCAAAUGGACAUUGGACUUCUCCCACUUUCUUCUAAAUGAAAUCUUCGACAUGGCCGACGAUUUCGAAGAUGUUUUCAAUGAUUCAGAAGCAUUCACGCAGAAAUGUAAGGAACGUCCCAUUACAAACCCCAGCUUCAAGCCCACUCAUCUCACUAUCUUCAUAGUGAAAGCCUCAUCCUCCCUCCCCCUCCUAAUACUCCUCUCAAGCAUGUCUCGCGCCUUCCUCCGCUUCAUCUGCCGUGGGCUCCGCGGCGUCCAUGCUGGCUACACAAGCGCAAAUCCCGCCUCUCUUCUAGGCGACUCCCGAAUCUACUACACAGAGAUCUGUCAAGUACUGGAAUCAUCACCAGUCCGGAUUGAUGUGUACGAGAAGUUCCUAGCAGGAGUCGAUUCAGCCGUGAAGCACGCCUACCAAGGCGCAGGCUUCGGCGAUGCCGAAAAACCUGGCCCGGAAAAGGAACUGCUGGUUAAUGCGCGCAUCCCGCCAGUCCUCACCACAGCCGUGGCCACCCUCCUACGGCAGACAGUCCCCGCGCUCAGAUCAGAAAUCAACCGCAUGGGCAUCUACCUCGGGGACUAUAGCUGGCUUGGUUUUGCGAAUGACCGACGCACAGCGCUAUACCGUAAGCAGCGUGAGGUCGAUAUCAUUAAAAAGUGUCCGCUGCGUCCGCCGUUGCCGUUGGGGAAUGAUGGUCGUGUGGCAUCGCUGAAAAAGCGCAGGUGUGCGCGCUGCUGUGAGGUCUCUGGUGAUACGAAUCUGCCCAGGUCAAUUCUCUCGUUCAGGAUGAUUGCUAAGCUAGGGUUGUUGCGGUCUUGUCUUUGCGGGGGGAUGUGGGUUCUUGAGACGGAUACUGGGGAUGCUGGGGUUAGGACUGCGAGUGCGAAUGGCAAUGGCAACAGGGUUGGCCAGACUUAG